AUUUUGUUGCUUGAAGUUCCCAUUGAAGGCCAAAAGAAAAAAAGAAAGAAAGUUUUGUUGGAAACUAAACUGCAGGGAGGCACUGAGAUAACCCAGAGCAUCUUGGAUUAUGUAUUAGAAGCCACCAAACCAAUUUCACCAGCCAAUCAGGGUAUUAAAGGAAAGCGCGUAGUGUUAAUGAAGAAGUUUCCUCUUGAUGGAGAGAAGGCAGGCCAGGAGGCAUCACUUUACAUUGUUCCAACUGUUGUGAAAGAUAAUACGAAAUAUGCAUACAGUCCUGGAUGCCCUGUGUUCUACUGUUUACAAGACAUCAUGAGAGUCUGCAGUGAAUCCAGCACCCAUUUUGCUACGCUUACUGCAAGAAUGUUAAUUGCCUUGGAUAAGUGGUUGGAUGAACGGCACACCCAGUCUCACUCCAUCCCAGCUUUAUUCAGACCAUCUCCUCUUGAGAGAAUUAAAACAAAUGUAAUAAACCCUGCCUAUGCUAUAGAACCUGGUCAAACAGAGAGCUCGUUACACAUGGGUUAUACUGCCCUGGAAAUAAAGAGUAAAAUGCUGGCAUUGGAGAAAGCAGAUAUGUGUAUCUACAAUCCUUUGUUUGGAUCUGAUCUUCAGUAUACCAAUAGGGUUGACAAAGUGGUAAUAAAUCCAUACUUCGGCCUUGGAGCCCCAGACUAUUCAAAGAUCCAGAUUCCUAAAAGAGAAAAGUGGCAGCGUAGCAUGAGCAGUGUCACAGAGGACAAGGAACACCAGUGGGUAGAUGAUUUCCCUCUUCACCGCAGUGCUUGCGAAGGCGACUCUGAUUUACUAAGCCACCUUCUGGAUAAAAAGUUUUCUGUUAAUCAGUUAGAUAGUGACCACUGGGCACCUAUCCAUUAUGCAUGCUGGUAUGGAAAAGUUGAAGCCACUCGAAUGCUGUUGGAGAAAGGGAAAUGCAAUCCAAAUCUUUUGAAUGGCCAACUUAGCUCUCCUCUUCAUUUUGCUGCUGGAGGUGGUCAUGCUGAAAUAGUACAAAUUCUACUCAAUCAUCCAGAAAUUGACAGACACAUUACUGAUCAACAAGGAAGAUCUCCGCUGAAUGUCUGUGAAGAGAACAAACAAAACGAGUGGGAAGAAACUGCAAAACUGCUGAAGGAAGCCAUAAAUAAACCUUAUGAAAAGGCACGAAUUUAUCGUAUGGAUGGGUCAUAUCGCUCUGUUGAGCUGAAACAUGGAAACAAUACAACUGUACAGCAGAUAAUGGAGGGGAUGCGUUUGUCUCAAGAAACUCAGCAGUACUUCACUAUCUGGAUCUGUUCUGAGAACCUCAGCCUCCAACUGAAGCCAUACCACAAGCCUUUGCAACAUAUUCGAGAUUGGCCUGAAAUAUUCACUGAACUGACAAACUUGGAUCCUCAAAGGGAAACUUCACAGCUUUUCUUGAGAAGAGAUGUGAGACUUCCACUGGAAAUAGAAAAAAAGAUUGAGGAUCCAUUGGCUAUUCUUAUCCUUUUUGAUGAAGCCAGAUAUAAUUUACUGAAAGGUUUCUAUACAUCACCUGAUGCCAAGCUGAUCACACUGGCAAGUCUGCUUCUGCAAAUAGUCUAUGGGAAUUAUGAGAGCAAGAAACACAAACAGGGCUUUCUAAAUGAAGAAAAUCUUAAAUCCAUAGUACCAAUCACUAAACUAAAAAGUAAAGCUCCUCACUGGACAAACAGGAUACUUCAUGAAUACAAGAAUCUCAGCACCAGUGAAGGUGUAAGUAAAGAGAUGCAUCACCUUCAGCGCAUGUUCUUGCAGAAUUGCUGGGAAAUUCCUACUUACGGAGCAGCUUUUUUCACAGGACAGAUAUUCACCAAAGCAAGUUCAAGUAGCCAUAAAGUCAUCAAAGUGUAUGUAGGAGUAAAUGUAAAAGGGCUGCACCUCCUCAACAUGGAAACAAAGGCUUUACUCCUCAGCCUAAAGUAUGGUUGCUUUAUGUGGCAGCUGGGAGAUGGAGAUACAUGUUUUCAAAUACACAGUCUGGAAAACAAAAUGAGCUUUAUUGUGCAUACCAAACAGGCAGGUCUCGUCGUAAAACUUCUGAUGAAAUUAAAUGGCCAGUUAAUGCCAAGUGAAAGAAAUGAAUGAUGGAAAUGAACAACAGCUACAAACCAGCAUCUUCUGGCUAAGCAAAAACCAACUUACUUCUCAUCGUAACAGAAGACUUCCAUGUACAUGAAUUUUACACAAUAGAAAAGUCAAUUUGUACAGUUUUUUAACUUUGUACAGAAGCUGCAUGGUUUAUUUUUUUAAAAAAACUAUACAACAUAUCUAUUCUUUUUAUAAAUAUUUUUGUGUUUCAUAUAUAAGCUAUUGUAG